GAGAGAGGGUUAAAAUUGUUGGGGUGUGUAAUAAGUAACCUUGCUGGCUUUGCUGCUCAUAUUCCACUCAACUCACUGAUAUCUGGACUAAAAGACAGCUCUGUCUACACUAGAAGGGAACCAUGUACAUGUUAAGGGCUCAGAAGCGGCUCCAGAGCAUAGAGAGACACGAGGAGGAAGCGAGAAGGAUGGAACAGAUUGAUAGACAUAUCGGGGGACUCAAAAUUGUGAGGGGAGCAGUGUCUGACGAUAUACCUGAAGAAGGACCUGCUGGUGCAAAGAAGAAAGUAAAAUAUGUUGGAUCAUUUAAAGUGUACCCUCCUCCUGGUCUCUCUGGUAAGGAUCUCCAGAGAGCUAUCUCCGGGUUUGUCUGGGAAAGGAUUAACGCUAUCAACCCAAAAAAUGUGGGUAAUCCAAUAUCAGCUACAAUGAUCAUUAACAGACACUCAGUCAAGAUAUACAAGAGCAAGGAGCUUUUCAUGGCUUACCCUCUCAAGAAGAUAACCUAUUGCACUGCUGUACCAAAGAUGUCAUUAUUUGCAAUGGUAACACGUGCCAUACUGGAUCAACCUGAUGAUGUUGUCUACUGUCACUCCUUUGGUUUACCAUCAGCUGAACAUGCUAAUGAGGUGAGUCAGUUAUUGUCGGAGGCUUUCAAGAUAGCAUUUGCUCAUCGGACGCUCCGUCACAGCAUAGCAAUGGAGAGCAAGGGAUCCAAAGGGAAGGACAAAAAGAGCUCAAAACUUGGAGACUUACUCAAACGGAAGGACAAGAAAUUGCCAGCAGCAAGCCCGAGUUUGUCACAUUCAAAUCCAUCAGCUCCCCCUCCUCCCUCCUCCUCCUCCUCCUCCUCCUCCUCUAAUCGUGGUGGUGACUUGGGUCCACCUGCCGGAGGUGGUGGUCAGGAUAGAAGUGUUAGUCCUGUGAUGAGAAAGAGAACUGGAUCAGUUAGUUCUGGUGUGACUUCAGUUGGUCUAGAGGCAGAGAUAGUGUCACUGGAGCAGAGAGUGGCUGAUCUUGAAAUGAAGCUCCUCUCUCUACCUCCUAAUGAUGACAAAGCUCUUGAAAUAACAAUCAAACUCUCAGCACUUGAGGAUCAGCUACACGUUAAACGUAACCAGUUGGACUCACUGCUACAAAUUGAAGGAGACACUUCCAAUCAAGACCGCCCACCAUCUUAUAACGAACUGGGAGGAGCCAGUCAGCCUCAACCACCCACUCACGAGCUAUUGCUACCACCUGCUUACUCUGACCUUCAAGGAGGAAUGGGACCUGGUGGUGCUGGAAGACCAGUUAGUGCUGCUUAUGAGGAUCAGGAGUUAGAACUGAAGGAUGCAGUUUGGUACCAGGCUGGGUUACCAAGGGAGCUUAUAAUGGAGAUACUAAAGGAUCAGCCUAGUGGUAGUUUUAUGGUAAGAGAUAGCUCCAGCAAUCCUGGCUGCCAUGCUAUAUCCCUGGUGGCACCAGAUGGGGAGAUACUCCAUUAUCUCAUUGUCAAAGAUGUUUAUGGAUACUACAUUAAUGGAUCAGACCGUCACCACCCAACCCUCCUCUCCCUCAUACUCCAUCACGCCAUUCACCAAGAGUUCCUACCAGUAGUCCUAUUCCUUGGAGCCACUAACCCACUAGCUCCUCUCCCUCCUCCCCCAGGGGCCGAUGGAGGGGGUGGGGCUAUGGGUGGUAUACCCACUGAUGGAUCAAACGAUUGGCUGUAUGAUGAUGAUGUUGACGAUGAGGAAAUGCAGGCUCACUUAACAAACUUGCAGUUUAUUCAUCCAUAGAUAUCUUUAUGACUAUGUACCCUGCCCUCUCGGUAUGAUAUAGGGAACAUUCUUAUACUCUAACUGUGAACUGUCCAUGUACACACGUAUCACUGUGUUUGUGUGUUUAUUUACAACUCUAUGUGUGGGUUAGUUUAUGAUCUUGCUAUUGUAUUCAUUGCAGUGUUGAAUAUCA